GCUCCAGGUUCCCGCCAGAAUCUAUGCGGCAGGCGUGGCAACCGCUGAGAGGGGGCGCCAUGACAGAGGCUGAGGUCGCCGGCAGCACCCAUGGCGUCCCGGGGCGGCAGCUCCCUGGGGCUCCUGGCCUGGCUCUUGCUCCUUCAGCCCUGGCUCGACGAGGCCAGGGCAGGCCGGGCUGGGGCUCAGGGAGGCGCAGCACUGCUCUCUCCCUCCACUCAUCCCUCAGGGCGGGGCAGCCAGGACCCAGGAGCGAGCGGGUGGGAGCCGCCACCUGCAGGGGCUCCGGGAUCCCCCGCGGCCCGCCAGUCCGGGGGCCACGCCGUGGCCCCCACGUCGGUGAUGUUUCCGUCAGCCUGCGGCCAUCGGAUUUCCAGGAUCACCGGCGGGUUACCGGCCCCAGAAAAGAAGUGGCCCUGGCAGGUGAGCCUGCAGACCGGCCAAGGACACGUGUGCGGAGGCUCCCUGAUCGGCAGGCGCUGGGUGCUCACGGCCGCCCACUGCAUCUAUGGGAAGAUGGGACCAGGCUGGGAAGCACCUGGAAGGCGUGGAAGCAGAUUGCAGACCCUGGAGGAUCUUCCAUCAGCCACCUGGAGUACACCGUGAAGCUGGGAGACACAGACGUGCGUCACCUCUCCGGAACGGCGCGUGUGGUUCCAGUUCGCGACAUCGUUAUGCACCAAGAUUUUACGACUCUUGGAAUAAUUCAGCAUGACAUUGCCCUAGCUCUGCUUGACUUCCCUGUGAAUUACUCCACGCACAUCCAGCCUGUGUGCCUUCCUGAACGGGCUUUCAUGGUGCAAGCUGAUACGAGGUGCUGGGUGACUGGAUGGGGCAAAGUAAAUGAAACAGAUCCAUCAGAUAAAGUAGUAACUGAGCUUCAGGAGGCUGAGCUACGCGUUAUACUUCAUGAAAAAUGUAGUGAGAUAUUCAAGAAACACGUGGGAAGGUGGAAUGAAGUGAUCAAGAAAGGGACCGUCUGUGGCUACAGUGACCAAGGGAAGGAUGCCUGUCAGGGAGAUUCUGGGGGACCCCUGGUCUGUGAAUUAAAUGGCGUAUGGGUCCAGGUGGGGAUUGUGAGCUGGGGCAUUGGCUGCGGUCGCAAAGGAUAUCCUGGAGUUUACACGGAAGUUAGUUUCUACAAGCAAUGGAUUGUUGAUCACCUGAAACAAGCUUCCUGUUUGGAUUCAGCAAACUUUCUCACUCUAUUCCUGUGUCUGGUGAUGCCCCUGGGCAUGCUGGUGACCUCGUGGUCAGACCCCAUUCCACUCUCCUGCUGUUUCUGAGUCUCAUACUAGGGCUCUCCUCCAACCUCCCACUCCUUCUCAGUGCCCUUUCUGCAAAUCCCAGUUGGAAUCCACGGGCCCUCUGGAGAUCCAAACAGCAGAGCAUGGCGGAGAGACUGGAGCCAGGAAAGUGUCCUUGCCUGGUGCUCUGGUCACCUGCCUCUGCCGUGCCUGCACGAGGGCUGUGCUCUGCCUGGUGGGAAGGAGGGAUGAACCUAUUCCAGCUAGAGGACCAGCUGCCCUGCCAGGGGGCCAUGGUGACUCUUCAAUACCUGGGGGAACAUCUGUCGAAGAAGAGAGAGACAUCAUCAACCGUGAAGCAAGCAUUAGAUGUGGUUCUGGUUUCAGGGCUCUCACCUGAGACUUUAUCAGCUGGGCGAUUGCUCAGAGAGAGUGAAGGAGGCAUUCCCAGGUCCCUGGAGAGGUGUGAGGCCUGGGACUUCCACUCUGGCUCAGUUGUCUGGGGCUGGGAGAAGUUCCCCUGUAGCCCAGUGUGGGUCCAUCUGUGAGUGGACAGCCUCUGCCCCACCAGCUCUCUUGGGGCAACCCAUUGUUGGCACCCCCUUCCUCAGUGCCCUAGUGGCCGCUUUCAGGGACACCACAAGUUGUGUUGAGGCAGUUAUGGAGUGUGGAGUUUUCAGAAAUCAACUGAAUAAAUAUUUGGAGAGUCUCCUGUGUUUCUGAAGCUC